UCAUGCCAUCGUGUGAAUAGUCCAUUAAUUUUACUCCAACUAUCAUAUCUUAAUUUACUCUAGCAUUAAAUUCUUUGUUUAACACCAUUUAUGGUUUGUGCCUCAUACAUAUAUGUUCACUGAAGUGUUGGAAAUAUUUGUGACAUGACAAUUAUAAUUGAUGGGAAUUGUGUUGGUGCGGUCAUCCUAGUGAGUCUAUAUAUAAGCCAGUAUAUAUCUGAAGCAUCACUGGGGGAGUUUAUGAGCUAAGAGGAUGGCUGAUGAUGUUACUCUUCAGAUUGAACUUCCGAGUGGUGGCUCUGAAGUCAUUGCUGCUGAGGUUGGUGCUACUACUUCUUUUGAUUGCUUGGUUUUAAAUAUUUCUUCUACCCAAGACUUUCCUGAUAUAGAUGAAAAUGGUUGCUUAACACUUCACAAAGCUUGUAAGGAUAGUAGCUAUGAAGAGGUUCAUAAAUUAUUGAUACAUAGCAAUGAUACUUCAAUUUUUGCUACUGAUAAUGACGGACGUACACCACUUCAUUAUGCUUGUGAAGGGGAUGACAAAAGAAUUGUCCAGUUUCUUAUUCUGAAGUGUGCUGGUUGCCUCGUGUCUGAUUUGAAUGAAAUUGAAGAAGUUAAAAUACCUAAUGAUCCUGAUGUUCAGUCUAAAGUUAAAGGGUAUAUCAAUUGCACUGAUACUCUUAAAGAUACACCACUUAAUAUUGCCUGUUUUAAAGGACAUACAGAAAUAGUUAAACUACUACUGGAGCAUGGAGCUGAUUUUAAUGUCACUAAUAAUAAGGGACAGGGAUGUACACCACUUGCUAGUGCCUGUAUAGAAGGACAUACAGAAAUAGUUAAACUACUACUGGAGCAUGGAGCUAAUGUCAAUAUCACUAAUAAUAAAGCACGUACACCACUUGGUAUUGCCUGUGUACAAGGGCAUACGGAAGUAGUUAAACUACUACUGAAGCAUAAAGCUGAUUUCAAUGAUGUCACUGAUGAUAAUGGAAAUACACCACUUAGUAAUGCCUGUAAACCAGGACAUAUGGAAAUAGUUGAACUACUACUGGAGCAUGGAGCUAAUUCCAAUGUCACUAAUAAUAAGGGAUAUACACCACUUAGUAUUGCCUGUUAUAAAGGACAUACAGAAAUAGUGAAACUACUAUUAGAGCAAAAAGAUACUGAUGUUACUAUAUGUAAUAAAAGCAAUAGCAAUGUUCUAGAUGUUGCUGUAAUCCAUGGACAGAAAGAUGCUGCAAUGGCUAUAGUCAAAAGUGAUAAGUGGGAGAAUGCAUUACGUAGUUAUAAAGUUGUGAAUAGAAUUAAUGAUGUUGGAAUACUUAGGAGGACAUUACAUUUAAUCAUAUUAAUCAUAUGUUGUUGUUGCAUAAGGAAGCAAAAGCAAAAUCAUGAUUAUGGAAAUAAAGUUAAACCCGUAAAACAUUUCACAACACCAAUGAGAAGGAUAAUAAAGAAGAUGCCAGAUGUAGCUAAAGUUGUUUUUGAUCGCUGCUGUGAGACAAAAAAAUCACCAUAUGAUGAAGGUUAUGAGAUUACUUAUAAUUAUGAAUUUAUUGAGGAUUUUGAUCUACAGACACUAGAAGGAGAUCGGUCUAGUGACUCAACUAUGCAAAACGUGAAUGAGGAUAAUGAUGAUCAGUCUGAUGCUAAGAGAUCAGAUAAAAAAUGGCCUCCAAAAGCAAAACACUCUAGUCAAAAUCAUUGUCUUACUAUUCUUGCUAAUUCACCAAGUGCAGAUUUAUUAAAGCAUCCAUUGGCUGCUACACUUCUUGAUCAAAAAUGGAAUAAAUAUGGACGAAUAGUCUAUUACACUAAUUUGAUAUUUUAUUUUUUAUUUGUCAUUUUACUGACAUCAUAUGCUCUCACUGUCCAUCCUCCAAAUUCAAACAUAUGUUUGGAGGUAUUUGGAAAUGAUACUGAAACAGUUAUUGAAGGAUCUGGAAAUUACGCUUACUCAGUUAUUGGUUGCUCAGAGGGACGCUUUACAUAUGUCUCUAUUGUUCGUGCAUUUAUGAUUGUUUAUCCUAUAGUCAUGUUACUACGGGAAUUAGCUCAGGUCAUUCAGCUCAGCUUAGAGUAUUUUACCAGUUUUGUUAACUUCAUUGAAGUCUCACUGUUUAUUUCUACAAUAAUAUUUGCAUCAGUACGUAGUGACCAGUGCUAUUGUACUCGUCCAUGGCAGUGGCAGGUUGGAGUGAUUGCUGUAUUCCUCAGUUGGAUUGCACUCAUAGUAUCUAUAAGGAAGCUACCAGUAGUUGGAAUAUAUGUGGUCAUGUUUAUUAAGAUUUUUAACAACUUUAUCAAGGUUGUCAUCCUUGCCUUACUAUUAAUCUCAGCCUUUGCAAUUCCUUUUUAUAUGAUGUUUUAUGAUCCUCAAGAUAGAACAGAAGGAAUUCGUACUCCAUUUAUCACUCCAUGGAGGACAAUUAUUAAAACAAUAACAAUGACAAUGGGAGAAUAUGAAAUGGAUUCAAUAUUGCGACAGAAUAAUCAAAGGAUUGACCCUGAUGUACAGUAUCCUGUGGUUACAUUUUCAUUAAUAAUUGUGUUUGUGGUAUUAAUGCCAAUUCUAUUCCUUAAUUUAUUGACCAGUUUAGCUGUUGGUGACACUGAAGAAAUACGAAAAUCAGCUGAUGCAUACAGACGCACUCUGAGGGUUGAUUUUACACUACCUACUGAAGAUUUUCUAAGAAGUAUUGCAAGAAAACUUCCAGAAAAAUUGAAAAAUGUGAAGUCGUGGAUAAAGAGUCUAGUCACAGUUGAACAAAAACAUAAAGUAAAUCCAAACAAGAAAAAGAAAGGCAUAGCAAGUGCUAUUAGUAAGAUUGAAGAAUAUUUUUCAACUGACACUGAGGAAAAUGUAGAUGAAGUGAAGAAUAAGAGCAAACCAUUAUCUGAGGAAAUGAAGGACCUACGCAGUGCAAUGGAUCAGUUGUUAGCUAUUGCUGAAUGUAUGAGAAAAGAAAUGCAAGGAGAAAGAGGAGGAGGAUUAGCAGGGGAAGGAGAAGUAAGAGGAUUACAGGAGCAAACUAGAAGAAAGAAGAGUGAUAAAGAAUAAAGAUUUGAAUAAAAUUUAAAUUUUAUUGUGUGACAUUAUACUAGAUUCAUAAUGUUGAUUGAACCUCUUCUUUAUUUUAUUUUUGUGUGUCCCUUUUCACUCACUUUAUAGGUAGCUUGUUUUGUGCGUCCUUUUUUGCUAACAUUUAUCAUAAAUAUGCAUUUAUGCUAUUAGUGAAAA